CCUCUUCAUCCACCAUCACCGUCGUCAUCGGGUAACAUUCACCUCCACCGUCACCGGGUAAUACCCAUCACCACUACUAUGUGUUGAUAAAAUGAUGUCUUAUAAGUUAUAACAAUGAUAACUAUUGUGAAUUUACAAAAUUGAGAAUAAAAACCCAAAAAAAAAAAACUAAAAACUGACAACUACAAACAAGAACUACCCCGAACGGCUAACUUCCUAGUUUGUGUUUAAUUCUCCUAUCUAUGCGUUAUCAACUUAUCAUUUCCAAUUUCAGCUCAGUAUAUCCAAUUCACCUCGAGUGUUCUUUGCGCUCCACCAUUCGCAUUCUAAACUUUUGAACUAUUUCUGCAUAACUUGAACCCGCGGAUUCAGGUCCUGGUGUUUCUGCAUUGCAUUCUUCUCUGAUUUGCAUGCUGUGGUUUGUUGGUUUUAAACAUGAAGAAAUCAAACAAUUGCGCGUGCUUGAUGAUCUUCUGCAUAAUGCUCGAUAUCUUCUUCGACUCACUCAUAAUGAUAUUGAUCAGUGAAGCACAUGAACAAGCAAACAUACACAAUGCUGUCAGAAUUGAAAUGGAUGUAGAUGGCUUUCAUCUGUUGAAUAUUGGAAUGACGACUGUUGUGAUUGGUCGGGCAACUUCGGAUUGCCAGCUCCUCUCUUGCUUGAAUGUUGUUCUUCCCAGAACCAGAAACCCAGAAGAAAUGACAAGACAGGCAGAUAUUAUCAUCUAUGUUGUGUUGGUGAGCAGUCAGAACAUGGUUAGGGGAAGCUGGAUAAAGCUCGGUGCUUCAAUUAUCAUUGUUGGAAACAAGAAAGUAGAGGGAUUUGCUAUCAGAGAUUUUCUCGGGGGGAAAUUCCGUGAGACUUUCAUGCAGAAAUUCCCAGGGGAUUGAUUACCUUUCAUGUGGGAAGUUUGGCAGAAGAUUUUUCUGCAAAUUUUCACUUAACUUUCAGGGUAAGGAAGAAUGGACCCAAACACAUAUGUCUCUCCAGCUAUUGAAUGUGCAUGGCAAUUUGGGGUCGAUGUGGUCAAGCGUAAAAUGGGUUACAUUUAUAAUUACAACGAAACAAUUGAAGAGGUGAAAAAAUAUGUUAUUUCACUCGAAGAAGCUGAAAAGAGGGUGCAAAAUGAUGUUAAGGAUGCGGAAAUGAAUGGAAAAGAAAUUGAAGCUGAUGUUCAUAGUUGGUUAGAACAGGUGGGUGACAAGAUAAAAGAAUAUAAGAAUUUUCUUAGUGACAGAUCCCAUGAGAACACAAGUUGCUCCAUUGGUUUCUUUCCAAAUAAUUUGCAGUUGAGGUAUCGGCUAGGUAGACGAGCUACGAAGCUUGCAGAGAAAGCCAAAGAAGAACAGCUUUGGAAUAAAAAGUUCGAGAGAGUUUCUUAUCGGGAACGCCCUUCUGCAGAUGCUGCUUUGUCAAACAUUGGCAAUGAAAGCUUUGAAUCGAGAAAGAAAACUCUGGAGAGGAUUAUGCAAGCAUUGGAAGACUCCACAGUUAGAAUGGUUGGAGUGUAUGGGGUUGGUGGUGUUGGUAAGACCACUUUAGUCAAAGAAGUGGCUAAGAAAGCUCAAGAAAAGAAGUUGUUCAACUUGGUGAUUAUGGCAAAUAUAACAAGAAGUCCUGACAUCAAAAAAAUGCAAGGACAGAUUGCUGAGAUGCUAGGGAUGAGGUUGGAAGAGGAAAGUGAGAUUGUAAGAGCAGAUCGCAUACGAAGGAGAUUAAAGAAAGAAAAGGAGAACACCCUUAUAAUCCUAGAUGAUCUUUGGGAUGGAUUGGACUUGAAUAGGUUGGGGAUUCCUGGCAGUGAUGAUGGAACCCAGCGGGAUGUCAAGGAUAUAACUGAUUUUGGUUAUGGUAAGAUGGAAAAGCAAAAGGCAUCUGAGGAUUACAAUAACAUGAAAAGGGAAAAGUUUUCUGGUGAUUACAAUAAGAUGCAAAAUGAAAAGUUAUCUGGUGAUAACAAAGGAUGCAAAAUUUUGCUGACAUCUAGAAAUAAAGACGUACUACAUACACAAAUGAAUGUGAAUGAGGAAUCAACUUUCCCAGUGGGAGUUCUUGAUGAAAAGGAGGCGGAGGCUUUGCUUAAGAAAGUGGCUGGAAAAUGGGAUCAAAAUUCUGAGUUUGAUGUGAAAGCAACUGAAAUUGCCAAAAUGUGUGCUGGGUUGCCCAUAGCAUUAGUUUCAAUUGGAAGGGCAUUAAAAAAUAAGAGCCUCUUUGUAUGGGAGGAUGUCUGUCGACAAAUUAAAAUACAAAAUUUUACAGGAGGGCAGGAAUCCAUAGAGUUCUCUUCAAGGUUGAGUUAUGAUCAUCUGAAAGAUGAGCAGCUGAGGUACAUUUUUUUACAUUGUGCUAGAAUGGGAAGUGACGCCUUGAUUAUGGACUUGGUGAAGUUCUGUAUUGGUCUAGGUUUGCUUCAAGGGGUCUACACAAUAAGAGAUGCAAGAUCUAGAGUAAAUGUGUUGAUAGAUGAGCUAAAAGAUUCAAGUUUGUUGGUGGAAAGUUACUCUAGUGACCGCUUCAACAUGCAUGACAUCGUGCGUGAUGUUGCUCUUUCUAUAUCAUCCAAAGAGAAACAUGUAUUUUUCAUGAAAAAUGGCAUACUAGACGAGUGGCCUCACCAAGAUAAACUUGAAAGCUGCACUGCUAUUUUUCUACACUUUUGUGAUAUCAAUGAUGAGCUUCCUGAGAGUCUAUCCUGUCCUAGACUUGAAGUCUUCCACUUGGACAACAAAGAUGAUUUUUUAAGAAUACCAGACAAUUUCUUUAAAGGAAUGAUUGAACUCAGAGUAUUGAUAUUGACCGGUGUAAAUCUGUCAUGCUUACCUUCUUCAAUUAAAUGCCUAAAGAAACUGAGAAUGCUUUGUUUGGAGAGAUGCACUAUAGGAAAGAACUUGUCAAUCAUUGGAGACUUAAAGAAAUUGAGAAUUCUUACCUUUUCAGGAUCUAACGUUGAAAGUUUGCCUGUCGAAUUGGGGCAAUUGGAUAAGCUGCAACAUUUUGAUUUAAGCAAUUGUUCAAAACUAAGAGUAAUCCCUUCCAAUAUCAUAUCAAGGAUGAAGAGUUUGGAAGAGUUGUAUAUGAGAGACAACUUGAUUCAAUGGGAGGAAGAACAAAGAACCCAGAGUGAAAAUGCUAGUCUUUCUGAGUUGGGGCUUCUGUAUCAAUUAAGAACUCUGGAAAUACACAUUCCAAGUACUGCCCAUUUUCCUCAGAACUUGUUCUUUGACGAGUUGGAUAGUUACAAGAUUGCCAUUGGAGAAUUCAACAUGCUUCCAGUGGGAGAGUUGAAAAUGCCUGACAAAUAUGAAGCGUUGAAAUUUUUGGCAUUGCAACUAAAAGAAGGUAAUAACAUUCAUUCCGCAAAAUGGGUUAAAAUGUUGUUCAAAAAAGUUGAAAGUUUGCUGCUGGGAGAGCUCAAUGAUGUUCAUGAUGUGUUCUAUGAAUUAAAUGUUGAAGGAUUUCCAGAGUUGAAACAUUUGUCCAUUGUAAACAAUUUUAGCAUUCAUUACAUUAUGAACUCAAUGGACCAGGCCUUUCCCAAAUUGGAGUCUAUGUACCUUCACAAACUGGACAAUUUGACGAAAAUAUGUGAUAACCAGCUUACAGGGGCCUCUUUCAACCAAUUGAAAAUCAUCAAGAUUAAAUCUUGUGGUCAACUGCGAAAUCUUUUUUCAUUUACCAUUCUCAAACUCCUAACCAUGCUUGAAACCAUUGAAGUUUGUGAUUGUAAUGCUUUGAAGGAGAUAAUUUCAGUUGAAGGACAAGCAUAUACUAUCAAUGUCAGGAAAGAUGAUAAGUUCGUGUUUCAUCAAUUACGAUUUUUAACCUUACAAUCUUUACCAGCAUUUUCUUGUUUAUAUUCCAUCUCUCAAUCAUUGGAAGACCAAGUGCCAAACAAGGACAAAGAAAUUGACACAGAAGUUGGGCAAGGUAUCACUACUCGAGUGUCACUCUUUGAUGAAAAGGUUUCACUUCCCAAAUUAGAGUGGUUGGAGUUGUCCUCAAUCAAUAUCCAGAAGAUUUGGAGUGACCAAUCGUUGAAUUGUUUUCAAAGUUUGCUUACACUGAAUGUGACAGAUUGUGGUAACUUAAAAUAUUUAUUGUCAUUCUCUAUGGCUGGAAGUUUGGUGAAUCUCCAAAAUCUCUUUGUAAGUGGAUGUGAAAUGAUGGAGGGUAUAUUUCAAACAGAAGAUGCAAAGCAUAUUAUUGAUGUUUUACCUAAGUUGAAGAAAAUGGAGAUAAUCCUCAUGGAAAAACUGAAUACCAUAUGGCUGCAGCAUAUUGGUCCUCAUUCCUUUCACAGUUUGGAUUCAUUGAUGGUGAGAGAGUGCCACAAACUGGUUACGAUCUUUCCUAGUUAUAUGAGGAAUUGGUUUCAAAGCCUUCAAAGCUUGGUAGUUCUGAAUUGCGAGUCAGUGGAAAAUAUAUUUGACUUUGCAAAUAUUUCACAAACUGAUGCUAGAGAUGAGUCAAACUUGCAUUAUUUGUAUUUACACUCACUGCCAAGUUUGGUGCAUGUAUGGAAAGAAGACGGAAGUGGAAUUCUUAAAUAUAAUAAUUUAAAGAGCAUAAGUGUUUAUGAGGCUCCAAAAUUAGAAUAUCUCUUUCCAUUUUCUGUUGCCAGUGAUGGCCUAAAAAAGCUGGAAUCCCUUGAGGUAUGUGGUUGCAGGGGAAUGAAGGAGAUUGUUGCUCAAGAGAAAGGAUCAAAUAAGCAUGCUACCCCCUUUAGGUUCCCUCAUCUAAACACUGUAUCAUUACAACUAUUAUUUGAACUCAGGAGUUUCUAUCAGGGAACUCACACAUUAGAGUGGCCAUCAUUGAAGCAAUUUCUAAUACUCUAUUGCAACAAGUUGGAAGCGCCCACUUCAGAAAUCACAAAUUCACAAGUGAAUCCAAUUUUUUCAGCUACAGAAAAGGUAAUGUACAACUUAGAAUUUUUGGCAGUUAGCUUGAAGGAAGUGGAGUGGUUGCAGUACUACAUUGUCAGUGUCCAUAGAAUGCACAAACUUCAGUCACUAGCCUUGUAUGGAUUGAAGAACAUUGAGAUUCUCUUUUGGUUCCUUCAUAGACUUCCCAAUUUGGAAAGCUUAACAUUGGCGAGUUGUCUCUUCAAAAGGAUUUGGGCUCCUACAAGCCUUGUUGCAUUAGAAAAAAUUGGGGUUGUUGUACAACUUAAGGAGUUGAUAUUAACUAAUUUGUUCCAUUUAGAGGUGAUAGGCUUUGAACAUGACCCUCUUCUUCAGAGGGUAAAGCGCUUACUCAUCAAUGGAUGUUUGAAAUUGACAAGUUUAGUGCCUUCCUCGGUGUCUUUCUGUUACUUGUCAUAUUUGGAAGUGGUUAACUGUAUAAGCUUGAAGAAUUUAAUGACAUCCUCAACUGCCAAGAGCUUGGUUCAUCUCACAACCAUGAAGGUAGGUUUCUGUCAAAAGGUUGUGGAAAUUGUUGAAGAGGAAAAUGGCCAUGAUAUUGAGUUUAAACAACUGAAGGCAUUGGAAUUGAUUUCUCUGCAAUGUCUCACAAGUUUCUGCAGUUCCGACAAGUGUGACUUCAAGUUCCCAUUACUAGAGAAUUUAGUAGUGAGUGAAUGCCCUCAAAUGAGAAAAUUCUCUAAAGUCCAGAGCGCACCAAACCUACGAAAAGUACAUGUUGUUGCUGGAGAAAAAGACAGAUGGUACUGGGAGGGUGAUUUGAAUGACACUGUACAAAAAAUUUUCAAGGAUCAGGUUUCUUUUGGAUAUUCAAACUAUUUGACACUUGAGGACUAUCCUGAGAUGAAGGAAGUUCGGCAUGGAAAACCAGCUUUCCCAGAUAACUUCUUUCGUAGUUUGAAAAUAUUGAUGUUCAACUCGUCAUUCAAAAAAGACACCAUAAUUCCUUCUCAUGUUCUUCCUUACUUGAAGAAAUUGGAAGAAUUGAAUGUAGAUAGCUGUGAUGCGGUGCAGGUGAUAUUUGACAUAGAUGACAGUGAGACCAAGAACACCGAGGGAAUAGUCUUUCGUUUGAAAAAGCUUAAUUUGGAGGAUUUGCCAAAUUUGAAGUGUGUAUGGAACAACAACCCUCAAGGAAUUGUCAACUUUCCCAAUUUGCAAGAAGUGGUUGUUGAAAAUUGUGGAAGCUUGACAACAUUGUUCCCUUCGUCCAUUGCCAGAAAUCUUGCAAAGCUCAAGACACUUCAAAUACAAGAGUGUGAAAUGUUGACUGAAGUUGUUGGAAGGGAAGAUCCAAUGGAACUAAAGUCUACUGAAAGAACUGUAGUGUUUGAAUUUCCUUGUUUAUCCACGCUGGUUCUUCGCCAAUUGUCACAGUUUAUUUCCUUUUAUCCUGGAAGAUACCAUUUGGAAUGCCCUGGAUUAGAAGACUUACAAGUGUCAUAUUGUGGUGAGUUGAAGCUAUUCACAACAGAAUCUCAGAGUCACCCAGAUGCACUUGAAGAGGGUCAACACAGUACACCAACUAGUCUCCUGCAGCAACCUCUUUUCUUGGUUCAAAAGGUUGUUCCCAAGCUGAAGAAACUGGCACUCAAUGAGAAAAGCAUUAACUUGUUGAGAGAAGCACAUUUGCCACUCGACAACAUUCUAAAAUUAAAGCUAUGCUUUGAAGAACAUGAUAAUGAGAAGGCUACUUUGCCUUUUGAUUUCCUUCACAAGGUACCCAAUUUAGCAUCUCUUAAAGUUAACAAAUGCACUGGCCUCAAAGAGAUUUUUCCCUCUGAAAAACUCCAACUUCUUGAUGGAAUACUUGUGGGGUUGAAAAAAGUAAGCCUAAACCAGCUUGAUCAGCUCAAUUUGAUAGGGCUAGAACACCCAUGGGUAGAGCCAUGCACUAAAAGGCUAGAAAUAUUAAAUGUUAACGAAUGCUCUAGGUUGGACAAAUUAGUGCAGAGUGCAGUUUCUUUCACCAAUCUAAGAGAAUUGACAGUGCAGUCCUGUAAAAGUAUGAAGUAUUUAUUCACAUUUUCAACAGCUAAAAGUUUGGAGCAACUUGAGAAGCUAUUCAUUACUGAUUCUGAAACAUUAAAGGAAAUAGUAACCAUGGAAGAUGAUUGCGGUUCCAAUCAUGAGAUAACCUUUGGACGGCUCAGUACGUUAUGGCUGAGUUCUUUGCCAAGCCUAGUGUGUUUUUAUUCAGGGGACGCCACCUUGCAUUUCUCAUACUUGCAAUCAGUGUUGGUAACUCAAUGCCCCAACAUGAAGACUUUCUCUGGAGGUGUCACAAAUGCGCCAAUAUGUCCGUGGGUUCGUACAUCGUUUGUGGACGUUGAUUUUCACUUCCAUGAUGAUCUCAACACCACAAUGAGGCUGUUAUACGACAAUUUGGUAAAGUCUGCAUGUGAUAUCCAAUAUUGGAAAUUUGGUGAUCACCCUCAAUUAGAAGAGAUAUGGCUUCUUAGUGUAGCUCCGAGCGACAAUUGUUUCAACAACUUGACUUCUUUAUUUGUGGUGGAAUGUGAAUAUUUAUCCAUUGUGAUUCCUUUUCGUCUACUUCCAUUGCUACAUAACUUGAAAGAGAUGGAAGUCCGCAACUGUCAAUCAGUCAAGGCAAUAUUUGAUGUGAAAGAUACAGGAGCUGUUAUGGAACCAGCUUCCCUGCUUUCUUUUCCUUUGAAGAAAAUUGUUCUAAAUCAGUUGCCAAAUCUGGAGUUUAUCUGGAACACGAAUCCUGAUGAAAUUCUCAGCCAUCAAGACUUACAAGAAGUGUCUAUUUAUAACUGUCCAAGCCUUAAAAGUUUGUUUCAAGCAUCAAUGGCAAAUCAUCUUGUUAGACUUGAUGUGAGAUAUUGUGCAAGUUUGAAGAAAAUUAUUGCAGAAGAUGAAGCAGCUUUGAAGGGAGAAACUGAACAGUUAACUUUCCAUUGUCUGAACUAUUUAGCACUGUGGGAAUUGCCAGAGCUCAAGUACUUCUACCAUGGAAAGCACUCGCUAGAAAUGCCAAUGCUAACACAUAUAGAUGUAUAUCAUUGUAACAAAUUGAAACUGUUUACAACUGAACCUCCUGGUUGCCAAGAUGCACAUUUGGAGAAUCAACUUGGUGCUUUAAUUGAUCAGCAAGCCACUUUCUCAGCUGAAAAGGUUUUUCCCAAAUUGGAGCUAUUAACGCUCACAAAGGAAGAAGCCAUGAAGAUUUCACUAGGACAAAUUCAGGUUAUCGCUGACUUUGAGCAUCAAACAAUCACCAAGGAAGACACUAUGAUUGGUGAAGAACAAUUUGGAGCAAACCUUGCACACCUCCUGCAGAACUUAAAAUUUCUCAGAUUGCAGUGCUUUCAUGAGGAUGAUGAGUCAAAUAUAUUCUCAAGUAGAUUACUUGAAAAGAUCCCCAACAUUGAAUCCCUCGCAGUGGCUUGUACUUCCUUCAAUGAAGUAUUUCCUUCUCUAAGACCUAGCACUGACUGUAGCAAAAUCCUUUCAAAGAUUAAAGGGCUACAUUUGAAUUAUCUCCUAAAGCUUAAUUCCAUAGGGUUAGAGCACUCGUGGGUAGAGCCAUUACCUAAAACAAUAACAAUGUUGGUUGUGUACAACUGCUCCAGCCUAAAAAUCUUAGUUCCAUCCACUGUAUCUUUUACCAAUCUUGAGAACUUGAAUGUUAGUGGAUGUCAUGGAUUGUUAUGUUUGCUCACACCCUCAACAGCCAAAAGUCUAGGUCUACUGAAACAAAUGUCCGUAAUUGAUUGCCCUGCUUUGCAGGAAAUAGUGUCGAUAGAGGGUGAUCAUGAACAUAUAGAUGAAGAGAUAACCUUUGGGGAACUCAACAAUUUGACACUAGAGUCGUUACCAAGCAUGAUAGGUUUUUACACGGGGACUUCCAAGAUGAAAUUCCCAUCCUUGAGUUUACUGACUUUAGCAGAAUGCCCUCAAUUGAAAUAUACCUAUGUAUUUAAAGUGCGCCAGUUCAUACCAAAUGAGCUACUUGGAAGACCUGAAUAUCAAUAAUACUUUCUCCGAGGAAGCAGCCUGAGCUAAGAUUCUGAUAUUCCUCAGUGAACUUAUACGGGAGCCAGGAUGGUAGUGAUGAUAUGGCUAACAGCUUCUGCUGUGAUGGUUUAAUUGAUGUUUGUUGAAUAAUCUUUCACAUAUGUAAUGUUAAUGUACAUUCUACUAUUUCUUGGUUAAUUUGUAAAUUGAUGUAUGUUAAAUAUGCUUCAAAUGAUAUAUUAAUGAUGGAUUUAUGUUUGUGGUUGACAAAUCA